AUGGCGCCAACCGUGGAUUCCGCCAUCCUCGCCGCCCUCGGCCUCGACCCCGACAACACAAAGCAAGCAUCGCACGGCGGUUCCGGCUUCUCAUCAACAUUCAAACUCUCGGGCACCAAGGACGGGAAGGAUGUGAACUACUUCGUCAAGACAGGGACAGGCAAGGACGCUAAGGUCAUGUUCGCAGGAGAACACGAGUCCCUGAACGCGAUUCACAAUGCCGUCCCGAACUUCUGCCCCAAGUCCCAUGCCAACGGCGAGCUGCAAGACUCGCCCGGGAAGUUCUUCCUCGCGACUGACUUCCUAGACCUUCGAGGGUCUGGCCCCCAGGGUUCUGGCCUGUCCCUGGCGGAGAAGCUGGCCAAGCUGCACACCACAGAGGCGCCCAUACCGGAGGGCUAUGACAAGCCUAUGUUCGGGUUCCCGGUUCCGACCUGCUGCGGUUCCACAGAGCAGGACAACUCAUGGAAGGAGUCAUGGGCAGAGUUCUACGCGGACAACCGCCUGCGGACCAUCGGGAGCCAGUGCGUCAAGUCCAACGGGAAGGACGGUGAAUUCGAGAAGGCCGUGGAAACUGUCGCUGCAAAGGUUGUCCCAAGACUGAUUGGGGACGAUAGGGUGAAGGAAAUCAAGCCAGUGGUGAUCCACGGCGAUCUAUGGAGUGGAAACCAUAGCCGGGGUGUCAUCGCGGGUCAGGGAGGGACUGAGGAGGUUGUCUAUGAUCCUUCAUCUGUCUACGGGCACUCAGAAUACGAGCUCGGGGUCAUGCGCAUGUUUGGAGGGUUCAGCGGCUUCUGGAAGGAGUACGAGAAGUUGGUUCCCAAGGCAGAGCCUAAAGAGGAGUGGGAAGAUCGGGUUGCGCUCUACGAGUUAUACCACCACCUCAACCACUUUGCCAUUUUUGGUGGCGGGUACAGAGGCGGAGCCAUGUCAAUCAUGAAGAAGCUCAUCUCGAAGUAUGGCUAG